CAGUGGGUGGGUGUGAGAUGGAUCGGAGACUGUAAUGGCGGCCGGCGGCGGCUCGGCGCUGCUCUGACACCCGGAUACUGCUCGGCGCAGCCUCCCCCUCCUCUCCGGGCCCGUCCCGACCCCUCCUCCUCCCCCCAGCCAGCGCCGCUUCCCCACGCCCCUGCCCCAGGCCCGCAGCGGGACGACGAGGAGGAGGAGGGCUCCCCGCAGACAAUGGACGAACACCUCGGAGGCGGGAUGGCGGCCGCUCCGAGACCGCAGCAGCAGCCGCCGCCGCCGCAGCCAGGGGGGAAUAUGAAUGUGCAGCCUGGCGCGGGCUGCGUGGGGGCCGGAGGCGGCGGAGGCGGGCAGCAGCCUCAGGUCCCGGCGGCUGCGGCGGGUCAGGACGCGGGGGACCGCGCGGAGUUGUCCCGGCCCCAGCACUACACCAUCCCGGGGAUCCUGCACUACAUCCAGCACGAGUGGGCCCGCUUCGAGAUGGAGAGGGCGCACUGGGAGGUGGAGCGGGCCGAGCUCCAGGCUCGGAUAGCUUUUCUACAAGGAGAAAGAAAAGGUCAGGAAAACUUGAAGAAAGAUUUAGUAAGAAGAAUAAAAAUGUUAGAAUAUGCAUUAAAACAAGAAAGGGCAAAAUAUCAUAAAUUAAAAUAUGGCACAGAACUGAACCAAGGUGACCUGAAAAUGCCAACUUUUGAAUCAGAAGAAACCAAAGAGACAGAGGUUCCUACAGUACCUCAAAAUAGUCAACUGACCUGGAAGCAAGGCAGGCAAUUAUUAAGACAGUAUCUUCAGGAAGUAGGUUACACGGACACAAUAUUGGAUGUACGGUCCCAGAGGGUAAGGUCUUUACUUGGGCUCUCCAGUUCAGAACCAAAUGGCUCAGUGGAGACGAAGAACUUAGAACAGAUCCUUAAUGGAGGUGAAUCUCCUUCAUCUAAGCAAAAGGGACAGGAAAUCAAAAGGAACUCUGGUGAUGUUCUUGAAACAUUUAAUUUCUUAGAAAAUGCAGAUGAUAGUGAUGAAGAAGAAGAGAAUGACAUGAUAGAAGAUAUUGCAGAAGGAAAAGAAAAGCUUCGGAUAAAUAAAAAGCACAAAAUUGGUAAUGAAGGUUUAGCUGCAGACCUUACGGAUGACCCUGAUACUGAAGAAGCUCUGAAAGAAUUUGAUUUUUUAGUAACAGCAGAAGAUGGAGAAGGAGCUGGAGAAGCAAGAAGUUCAGGGGAUGGGACAGAAUGGGACAAAGAUGACCUGUCCCCAACUGCUGAGGUUUGGGAUGUAGACCAGGGACUAAUAAGUAAACUGAAGGAACAGUACAAGAAGGAACGAAAGGGGAAGAAAGGGGUAAAGAGGGUCAACAGGACAAAACUUCACGACAUGAUAGCUGAUCUGGGCGAUGAUGAGCUACCCCACAUCCCUUCAGGAAUCAUUAAUCAAUCUAGGUCACCCUCUUCUAGAAUGACUGAUGAAGGUUCAAGAGCAGAGGAAGCGGAGCCAAUAACGUUUUCAUCUGGAGGAGGCAAGUCAUUUAUUAUGGGUUCUGAUGAUGUUUUGUUAAGUGUACUGGGCCUUGGAGACCUUGCAGACUUGACAGUAACAAAUGAUGCAGACUAUAGUUAUGAUCUGCCAGCCAAUAAAGAUGCCUUUCGGAAGACAUGGAAUCCUAAGUAUACGCUACGCAGUCAUUUUGAUGGAGUGCGAACAUUAGCUUUUCAUCCUGUAGAGCCUGUGCUGGUUACAGCCUCUGAGGACCAUACUUUAAAACUUUGGAACUUACAGAAAACAGUUCCUGCCAAAAAGAGUGCCUCUUUAGAUGUAGAACCUAUCUACACGUUUAGGGCCCACAUUGGACCUGUAUUGUCAUUGGCAAUUAGUUCUAACGGAGAACAGUGUUUUAGUGGUGGCAUUGAUUCAACCAUCCAGUGGUGGAAUAUGCCUAGCCCUAAUGUGGAUCCUUAUGAUACAUAUGAGCCAAACGUUCUAGCUGGCACAUUAAUUGCUCAUACAGAUGCAGUCUGGGGUCUUGCUUAUAGUGGUAUAAAGAAUCAUUUACUAUCUUGUUCAGCAGAUGGCACUAUUAGAUUAUGGAAUCCACCAGAAAAAUUGCCCUGCAUUUGCACUUACAAUGGAGAAAAGGAACAUGGAAUACCAACAUCGGUUGACUUUAUAGGUUGUGAUCCUGCUCAUAUGGUCACAUCUUUUAGCACUGGCAGCACAGUCAUUUAUGAUUUAGAAACGUCCCAAUCACUGGUAAUACUCUCAUCACAGAUAGACUCUGGACUGCAGUCAAAUAAUCAUAUUAACAGGGUAGUAAGUCAUCCUACACUUCCUGUAACAAUUACAGCUCAUGAAGAUAGACACAUCAAGUUUUUUGACAAUAAAACGGGUAAAAUGAUCCAUUCUAUGGUUGCUCACUUGGAUGCUGUCACAAGUCUAGCAGUAGAUCCCAAUGGAAUCUAUUUGAUGUCUGGAAGCCAUGACUGUUCCAUUAGAUUAUGGAAUUUAGACAGCAAGACUUGUGUACAAGAAAUAACAGCCCAUAGGAAAAAGUUGGAUGAGUCCAUUUAUGACGUAGCUUUUCAUCCAUCAAAAGCAUAUAUUGCCAGUGCAGGAGCUGAUGCCCUUGCCAAAGUAUUUGUGUGACACAACAAAACAAACCUGCACCAUAAUAGCAGGUCUGCUUGGACAAAAAAAGAGGGAAUGCAUCACUGCCAUCAAUGAAACGGCUACCAAUAGGACACUACAUCUGAUCUGCCUGGGCGAAGGCUGUAUGUGGGGCAGGUUUAAGUUGGUGAAAAGUCACCAAAUCUUGAAUAAUGUUAGGCUUAUUAAUUUAACUGUAAUUACUGUAUUUUUUUUAAAAGAAAACCAGUAUUUGUAGCCUGGACUGAAUAUGAACUGAGCAUAUGUCUGUUCUUUAGGUGUCUUUAAGCAAACGUGGAGUCUGAUCUUACAAAAGACUUUUAUUUUGGGCUCUGUGUGCUGCCUUAGGGUUAGGAAUGUGGUGCUCUUGUGGGGGGAAGUGAGCUCCAAGAGUAGCUUUCUUUUCAUCUCUUAGUGAUCUUCUGUUUAUCAGUUGAAUGCCACAGAUCCCCUUUUAAACUUUUAUUUUGCUUUAAAGAAAAGGAAAUUUAACUUAAAAUAUUUUAGCAUUAGUUGCACAAAAUGUUUGGAUAAAAUUCUAGUUUUUAUAAGUCUUUUUAUAUAUUUAGCCUGUCACAACAACAGUGCUCAAGAUUGUAUUGAUAAUGUUUUUUCUGCAUUAUAGAACCCUAAAACACAGAGAUCUCACUGACCCGCUGCCGUGUAACCACAAUCUUCCCUUCUUUUGCCUAACACAGCUCAGCUAAGUCCUUUCAUUAAGGAUGCUAAUUCAUCAUCAUCGCAUAACUGUCUUCAUAAAUAUAAAGGACUGUAAAGAAGUAUGUUUAAAUGAAACACAGAGGGGUUGUAAUACCCUCCCAGUGAACUCUUAAAAAAAUUAAUCUUGGCAUCCUAUCACUAUGUGAUAUUUUGUACAUCUUACUGUAUUUACAAGUUUAUUUAUCAAGGAUUACCCAUCUUGCUAAUGGCCUAUUGUUAUUUAUUUCACUUUUUGUUGGUCUUUAUAUCCUUUUAUGUAGUGUGUUAAAGGGCCCUGUAUAUCUAUUAUGGCACUCUUUGAACAGUCUAAAAUAGACUAAAAAUAGGACAUUUCAUAGUUUUUAAAGUUACAAACCAAGAUUUUUUUUUUCCAGUUAAGUAUCUGGAGUGAAGUUGAUUCCAGAAAAAACAAUCUUGUUUCAGAACUUUUGGAGUGAAAAAUGUUUAUUUGCGUUUCAAAUAGAAUACAGAAGUAGUUGAAUCAAGAUUCAUAAAUCUGCUGUGUUUGGACUAGUUAUUCCCUGCUUUUAUUUUUUUCAAAAGUGCUUCAGUUUAUUGCGUAACUAAAGAUUUUGUUUGUGUAAUGCAUGAUUAAGACAAUAAAGUAUUUUUUCUAGUCUUCCACAAAA